AUGAAUCUCGCCGCACUGGCCAUUCUGAUUGUAGCGGCCGAUCUUCACGCGCCCAUUGAUACACGUCCCGCGGGCGCCGUGCCGAUCUAUACCUGCAAUUUCGAAACGGCCAACGACAUCAACUACGACCAGUGGCCCGACCGUUGGACGCGCCACCGCGGGCCGGGUUACCCGCAUUAUCUCGAGAUCGAGAUCCGUCCGGACAAAACAGCUUCCGGCGGUGAGGCUUUGCACGUCGAACUCGACGGUGGAGCCGCCGCGGCGAUGAGCCCGCCCAUCGCUGCCAGCGAAAACUACGCCUAUUGGCUCGAAGGUCGCCUUCGCACCGAGGGGCUGGUGAACGAUGAGGCCUAUCUCUCGUUGACAUUUCUCGACGAAAAUCAGGCGGUGGUUCGCCGCCACUUCUCAGAAACAUUCCGUUGGACUGACGGUUGGCAAGACGUUCGUAUCGGUCCCAUAGGGCCCAAUAACGACAAGGUCCGUUGGGUCACCAUCGGGGUGCACGUGGAACCGGUCGGAAGCGAAGCCGACCUGCGGGGCCUCGUGGCUUUUGAUGAUCUGUGGCUGGGUCGGGUUCCUCGGCUGCGGGUGGAUACCACAGCCAGCCACAACUUGUAUACCGACCCCCGCGCGGUCGCCAUCGAAGGCACACUCACCGGUGCGACCACUGACGAUGUGCGAAUUACGUUUGAACUGCUCGAUGCCUUUGGACGACAGACGUUGUUCCAAGAUCAACGGCUGCAACUGGAACCAUUCGUCGAUGAAAACGCUCUCCCCGCCGAAGAACUCGCCACGCUGGAAUAUCAAGGCGAGUUCUCCUGGCACCCGCGAAUUCGGAACCCAGGGUUUUUCGUCGUACGAACAACAAUUGUUGGCCCCGAUGGCCCCACACACAGCGAGUAUACUCCGGUCGCCAUCGUCGACCCCUGGGUGAUUGUUCGUCCGGGGCCGUUUGGUUGGAGCAUGCCGCAUGGUUCGGGAGAGAUCCCGGAGAGCGAACUCCCUGAGUUGCUCUCCCACGUGGGUAUCAGCCGCUUGAAGUACCCGCUGUGGUUUUCCGAGGACCGGCCGGCAGAAGUCGAGGAGUUGAUUCUUUCGGUCGAAGAACUUUCACGGCAGGGAAUCGAAGUCAUUGGCCUGUUGAAUACUCCGCCGGAUGUGGUGCGAAAUCAGUUCAACGAUCCACAGCAACCACUGCUGGCCACCGAUGUCUUCGUUCGCAAUCCCGAGCAAUGGUAUCCCUCGCUCGAACCGGUGAUGACGCGGUUCUUAAUGCGUACCCGAAUGUGGCAGUUGGGCGACGAUCGAGAUUGGAGUUGGGGCGCGCAGCCAGCGUUGGCCGAAAGUGUGGCCCAGGUCAAACAACAGCUCGACGUGAUUGGUCAGGAUCUUCAGAUUGGUCUGCCGUGGAUGUGGGAGGAACAACUGCCAGCCGGAACCGAUUUACCCUGGCGGUUCGUGUCGCUGUCAUCCGAUCCGGCCUUGAGCAAAGACGAACUUCGGGCCUAUCUGGCGACGGAUGAUCCAGGCGUAGUUCAGCGGUGGGUAAAUCUCGAACCAUUGGCCAAGUCGCGGUACACCACCUUCACGCGGGUGAAAGACCUGGUCGAACGGAUGGUGGCCGCGAAGAUCGGCGGCGCCCAGGGCAUCUUCAUAGUCGAUCCUUUCGACCCCGAGCACGGCCUGAUGAACGAAGAUGGCACUCCCGGUGAGUUGCUUCUGCCGUGGCGUACCACCGCAAUGCUGCUGGCCGAUGCAACCUACGCUGGCCAGUUGAUGCUGCCGGGCGGAGCGACGAAUGAGGUGUUCCUCCGCGACUCAGACGCCAUGCUGGUCGCGACCUCCCCGGUGCCUCACCGCGAAACACUGACCCUCGGAGAGCAGGCACAGCAGAUCGAUGUCUGGGGACGCGCCUCACGACUUCACUUUACUGGCAGCGCUCAAUCGUUCGAGGUUGAUCGGCUUCCGUCAUUUGUGGUCGGUCUCGAUACGGCGAUCACCCGAUGGCGGCAGGCCAUGCACUUCCGCGAAGAUCACAUUCCCACCAUUUUCGGUCGCCCUUUGAGCAACUCACUAAUUGUGAGUAACACCUUCGGGCAGGGCGUAAGUGGAACGAUGACCAUUGUGCCCCCGCCUCAAUGGCGAAUGUCGCAGACGAACUUCGAUGUUGAAUUGCCUAUCGGAGGUGAGGUUGAGAUUCCUAUCGAGGUGACGCUGCCGUUGGAUGCCAACACGGGCGAGCAAUCGCUGGAAGUGCAGUUCGACGUGGUGGCCGACCGCCGCUACCGCUUUAGUGCUUAUCCGAAACUCUCGGUCGGCAACGGCGACGUGACGAUCGAACUGUCGAGCUACUUGGAUGACGACGGUGCACUGAUCGUUCAGCAACGGGUGAUCAAUCGGGUGGAGACGCCCGUCACAUUGAAAUGCCACCUAUUCCCGCAGGGGCGUCUCCCGCUGCGGAAGCAGAUUGUGCGACUUUCGAACGGCUCAGACGUUCAGGUGUACCGUAUCGAGAUCGCCGCAUAUCUAGAAGCAUUCGCCCCCACGACGUUGGCCGCCGAUUGGGACAACGUGGGUCUUCUGGUUGGCGAUCGCAGCCUUGAAGUUCAGAAGGUGAUGACCUGCCUCACGAUCACGCCUGAUAGCGCGGCCGAAGCCCUGGAAGAAGGCGCAGGGUUGAUUGUCACUCACCAUCCCUUGCCGUUUCGCCCGCUCCGGCGUCUUUCAACCGAGACCAACGAGGGUCGAAUGCUAUGGGAGCUGGCCGGUGCCGCCGUUUCGAUUUACAGCCCCCACACGGCGUUCGACUCCGCGGCCGAGGGGAUCAAUCAGCAGUUGGCCAACCAGCUUGGGCUACAACAGGUCGAAGCGCUAAUCCCUGCCGACGACGCGGUGCAGGCACAGACAAAUUCUCCAGGCACAGGACGGUAUGGAACACUGCCCGAGCCGUCGACGCUCGAGAAGGUGAUCGAGAACCUGAAACAAUCGCUCAGCCUGAACGCCUUGCAGUAUGUCGGGAAUGCCGAUCAACCGGUCACUCGGGUUGGCAUCGGGUGCGGUUCGGCGGGUGAGUUUCUCACCACGGCCGCCGAACAAGGCUGCGACUGCUUCGUCACCGGCGAAAUGCGAUUCCACGAUUGCCUUCACGCCGAGGCCCUUGGGCUGGGCGUUGUUCUCCUUGGCCACUUCGCCAGUGAACGCUUCGCCGUAGAAAACCUGGCGGCAGUUCUGGCCACACAAUUCUCAGCUUGUCAGAUCUGGCCAAGUCGGCGCGAAAGCGACCCGGUGCGUUUCGCGUAA